AUGUACUUAGGACUACAUCAUGACGAUGUAUACGAUAACAUAAAACAUAGAGGACCACCUAAAACUCGUUGGUUACGAGGAAUAGCCGCACAUCUUCAACAAGCUAUAGUGCGAGCUACAUUAGAUGGGGCAAAAGGAGAAAAACGAACAGGAAAAAUUCCAUUAUCUAACGCUGCAACAAUAACGGCUCUAAAGAGCAUUGGAAUCGAAAAUAAAUGGGCACAAUGUCCUGACCUUAUUGAAUUACUAGAUUUAGAGACCACUUUUGUCAAAGGUGAUUUUAUCAAAAAGGCGAAUCGACUUGAAUUUAAACUAGUCCAAAAAAAAGCUCAUUACUUCGAUGGUCAAAAUAAACCUCGAGAAACAGCAAUAGCUUAUUGUCUGUCUUUUCGCCUUCUUAAAGAAACUCCACAGCUACGUACUGUCAUAUAA